AUGGUAGAAUUGGAGACCAAGCGUUCUGAACCCCAAAGUCAAGUGAUUUCCAACUUGGAAACGGCUGUCGAGCAACUAAAACUAGAAAUAGAUGAAAGAGAUCAACAAAUGCUUGGAAACGAUAUCGAGAUCGCCAACUAUCCAGAGUGCAAUAAGAAUGCCACUCACGUAGUUCUGACAGUCGCCAAAAUACUAGGAGUGGAAGUCGGUGAACGUGAUGUAGUGAGUGCGGUGAGAAUGGGUGCGCCCCCUAGGACCGGCGCGGCCGACGUCGGUGGCGAGCGCCCCCGACCUAUUGUCGUGCGCCUUGCAUGUCGUGAUCUGCGCGACGCUCUUCUUCGGGCCGCGCGCGUGCGCCGCCGCCUCACUGUGCCUUCUAACAGCGAAAGUAGCACUACCACUUCACCCCGCCUAUUUUACAUCAACGAACGGCUCACCCGCCGAAACAGACAGCUAUUCCUGAGGGCACGAGAGGCCGCCAAGCGUUUGAACUGGAAGUUCGUAUGGACGCGAGAUGGAAAAAUCUUUGCCCGACGGGAGCAUGCCGGUGAGCGUCUUCGACUUCGCUCCGAGGUGGACCUCGUUACGGUUUUUGGGGAUAACUUUGUUGGUGAUGCUAACCAGUCUGCACAGUAA